CGGAUUAUUCUCUUCACCUACCUAGAUCUCUUUUUCAAUUCUUAUCCAUUCAUCUUUUAUUUCUUUUCUCCUUCCUAUAUUGAAAAAGAUUUUGAUAGACAAUUUCGACUAUCCUUGGUUUCAAGUGAAGGAACGACAAAGCUUUUCAAAUAUUCAUUUAAAAAUCGUAACAAUACUAACGACAUUAAUAUAAAUACGAACGAUGAUGAUAAUUCUAUAUAUAAAUAUCAGGAAUUUUUAAUGGUCGAUACAAGUGAUUAUCAACAAAUACAAAGUAUUGAAAUAUAUAAUAUUAACACUUCACAGUUAGUGAAUGUUUUUUAUAGAUAUUGUAAAGAAGAAGAUUCUUUAAUUUCAAGAAACCAUGAACCCGGAAUUUUUGCAGUAUCAACUGAUUCAAGAUUAUUUGCUUAUUCUUAUGGAGAUAAUAUUAUUACAAUUUAUCUAAUGGAAAGUGGUCUUGAGGUUGUUUCGAAAAAAUUUAAUAAUAAUAUUUAUAAAAUCAAAUUUUUAGAAUUUAUUGAAGAUAAUGAAAAAUUAUUCAUUAUCGAAGAAGAUAAAGAAA